AUGAAUAAUUCAGCGAUGAUCUGAUCAGCCCGCCUGUUAGGAGAUGCAUCGGUCAAAUUUUAGACGCUACGCUCUAUCUCACAUUUGCGAUAGGCUACUCGAUGCUUGCUUUUUUUUAUUAUUAAGAAAAUAUAAACAAAACAAUUGUUGUCUACUCGAUGCUUUUAAAUGAGGAUAUUUACGCAGGCACGGAUGCUGAAUGGCGCAUUGUUGCGUGGGAAAUGUAGUCAUUAUAUGUUUGUAAAUAUGGGCGAAUUCAGAUCGGAAGUAUAUGGCAUUUUCCCUUCGAAGAUCAAACUCUUUGUGUAUACUUGUCGAAUAGAGCAACGAAAACAGCGUCAUUUUCUCUUUUAUCUGGUGCGACUGUCCCCGUCCCGAAGCGCAAAAACGCCCUUUGGAAUUCGCCGUUGACACUUCAAACAAACACUUCCUCACUAGUGUGUGUAUCGCAAACGCUUGGCUGAUUGUAAUGGGAGCGUUGUAAUCACACAGUGACAGCUUUCUUGAAGCUUUUGGUGUUUAUAUUUACUCUUUACCCUAAGAUUUUUGGCCAUAAAAACACAAAGAGAAUGAAAUCACAUGGACAUGGGUCAGGGCCUGACAUGGAGUUCACAAGUGGCUUAAGUGAAGUGUAUAGACCCAUCAAGACAUUUCGCCUUCGAGAUAUUUAUGAUCCUAAACCACCUCAACAAAGGAGUCCGGUGGCAAUACGGCCACCCAGCCCCAAACCAGGUCCCCCUCAGGAGCCCACAGCCCAGCGCAGACUGUCAUGCGAGCCAGAACCAAAGCCCAUCAUGAGGAGACGGGCAAAAUCUCUCUCAUCCACAACAGAUAAACGAGCAUGCAAAAACAUGCAGGUCCGCUUUGUGGAUUCUCUCGGGCUGGAACUGGAAGAUGUGAAGUUCUUCAAAGCUAGCGAGGACCCAAUGGUGCCAGUCCAUGUGAUCACCAGACUGCUGGCAAGCUCAGAGCUCGCCUCCAGAAAAAAUCUUGAGCUCUCCCUACCCUACUUCCAGCCGUUCUUUCCUGACAACAUGGGUGCCGACCCGAAUUUCAUCGAGCGAUUGUGUCGUCAGCGAGUAUGCCUGGAUCAGGUGUUUUGCUCUGAAGUUGGAAUCAUCGGAACUGUUCAGGUACUGAACAUUGAGUAUGAGAAAGAGGUUUUGGUACGCUAUUCGUUCACAGGCUGGAAAAGCUGUGCAGAUAGUAAAGCGUCUUGGAUCACCACCGUGAAUAGAGAUGGGUCCGAUCCAGAGUCAGAUGUGUUUCGUUUUCACCUGCCUGUACCGCCUUUCAUCCUGCAACCAGGUGCCAUGUUACAGUUUGCCAUCUGUUUCCGGAUCAGAGGAUCCGAAUACUGGGACAACAACGAUGGAUGUGAUUAUAAACUGACCUGCCAGACGUACAAACUGGUUGUCCCCAGAGAGUGUGAAGAUAGCAUGGUGCAUUUCACUUGAGCUGUCACCAGAGAUGUCAUGUGAUACGGUCCUACUAUACACACAGAGCUCUUGAGAUACAUGCAUGAAAAAAUUAAGGUGCUUCUUAUAAUCAGCAGCAGGAUCUGUUAUAGACCCAAGCUUUUGGAUAAGCAUAUCAAUAUUUGGCACAAAGAAAAGUUGCCAUAUAAAAAGCGUCUGACUUCUGUAAGUAGCUUGUAAUAUCCGAUUAGUUCAGUAUUGUUAUCACAGGAGGAAACUUUUACUUUAAAGUGUCUGUUUUAAAAAGAGUUCAUGAGCAUUUACUCAGCAUGCUUUCAAAUAAUGUAUACAUUUUAUUUUUAAAGAAAUUGACCCAUACACUCUCAGAAAAAGGUACAAAAGUUGUCUCUAGGACGUAUGGUUGCCAACCUUUUCAAAUACUCUGAAAUACGGGACAAAAGAUGGCCUGCUGCAGAAGUGCGGCUAUGGAUUCCAAUGUGUACAAUUUUGGUAACCAGUAUGUACUCUAAAGGCAGUGGUUCUCAAAUGGGGGUACGCGUACCCCUAGGGGUACUUUGGGGUACUGCUGGGGGUACGUGAGAGAAAGGGAAAAAUGACAUUUAGGAAUAAAUCAAUAAAAUCAGUAAAUCAUGAUGAUAGUAUUUUUAUAUGACAUUAGGACUACACAAAGAUGCAUUAAAAAAUCAUAAAUUUAAAGCACAUUGUACAAAAUGCAUGUGCGAGUUCAACCUGUUGAUCUUGUCUGGCGCAUGCGCUAAGAUUUCAGUUCAGCAGCUAUAGCAACAGAGAUACAUGGAGUCUGCUCCUGUUAUCAUUUCAUACUUCAAGUUUACUUUAUUUUGUGGUGUUGCUGUGAGUAUAUAUAUAUAUUCAAGUAAGUGACAUCUGUCAGUGUUCUAAAUGUUUGAGUUUUAUUUGGUUAAAUGUACCUCAUUAAAGCUUCCAUAAUAACCUUGGGAAAGCAACUGUAAUCCACACAAAAUUGAUAAUUCAAAGGUUUAUUUUCAAUCCAAUAUGAAUGUCAAUCUAUUUAAAUAAACACAAACUAAUUUUUUAUACUGCCAUAUUCAACUUGUAGCUUGCAGUUUAUACUUCGCUAUAUUGUUACUGCUGCUUACUCCUGUAAGUUUAAACCUUUUGUUAAUAUAUGUUCAGUACUAAGAUUAUUAACAGUAUUUAUUGAGGCCUGAAUCCAGAAUCAGGAGCAGAGUCUGCGUGAAAUAAUUUAAGUUAGGAGAGGUGGCUUCUUAAAAAAAUGCUAAAAAGAAAAACAAACCAGAGCCUUAAAAAUACUAAAGCUAAAUGUUGUUGUCUAGUACUCGGGGUACUCGGCUUGAAAAAAAUCAUAAAAAGGGGUACUUCAGCCAAAAAAGUUUGAGAACCACUGCUCUAAGGUACCAAUGAAUACGUUUUGAAAAGUUAUAUACCGCCCCAGUGACAGCUUUUAUGCCUUUUUUCUGAGAGUGUGCCCAGGGUCACAAUUUUUUGUUUGUUUGUUUAUUUGUUUGUUUGUUUUUUGCAACAUAAACAAAAGGGAAUGUUAUUUGAGUGAUUGUAAAUUAGGGCCGAGCCCAGACUCAAAUCAGUACAAAUCAGGCAACAAGAUUAGUGGCUACGUUUGAAAUAACAAUAAAAACCUCUACAAUUUA